AUGCCGACCUUAGGGUUUCUUAAGAAGAAGCGGACUAAGGAGGAAAAACUUGAUUCCUCUAGCCAGCCUACGAGUCCUGUUACACCAAUCACCCCGACAUCCUCGAGGACGUUCGAGUCGAGCUCUCUCACUACAGUACCGACGCAUAGCACAAGCGCUACGAGUACCGCUUCGCAGUCGCAAUCUACGGCACAAAAUAAUCACGAAGCGCCAGCUUCUGCUGGUGGAGGGCCGCAAAUGAAUCCACCGGCAGCCCAUCAGGCCGCUCCCUACGGGCUACAACCUACACCGAGCCCCGCGCAAGUAGGAACAUCACACAACCUACCGAGCAUCAACAACCUAAUUAACCUACCACAAAAUGACGGUCACGGUGCGCCUCCGCCGCAACAACAGUCACAACACCAAGCGCAACCUUCAGAGGUUAGGGUAACAAAAGGGAAAUACUCACUCGGCGACUUCGAUCUCCUCCGAACGCUUGGUACUGGAAGUUUUGGGCGGGUGCAUUUGGUACAAUCGAAACACAACCAACGAUUCUACGCUAUCAAAGUUUUAAAGAAGGCUCAGGUUGUGAAGAUGAAGCAAGUCGAACACACCAAUGACGAACGUCGAAUGCUGGGAGAAGUUAAACAUCCUUUUCUCAUCACGUUGUGGGGGACAUUUCAGGACCCUAGAAACUUGUACAUGGUUAUGGAUUUUGUCGAGGGCGGCGAGCUGUUCUCUUUACUGAGGAAAUCAGGGCGAUUCCCGAAUCCGGUGGCCAAAUUUUACGCCGCCGAGGUCACUCUCGCACUUGAAUACCUACACUCGAGAAACAUCAUUUAUAGGGAUCUGAAACCGGAAAACCUCCUUCUGGACCGACACGGACACCUUAAGAUAACAGAUUUUGGGUUCGCAAAAAGGGUACCGGAUAAGACAUGGACUUUAUGUGGGACUCCAGACUACCUGGCACCGGAGGUAGUUUCUAACAAGGGCUACAAUAAAUCGGUUGACUGGUGGUCCCUAGGCAUUUUGAUCUACGAGAUGCUUUGCGGCUAUACACCGUUUUGGGACAGUGGAUCGCCAAUGAAGAUCUAUGAAAACAUUCUGAGAGGGAAGGUCAAGUAUCCGGCAUACGUCCAUCCCGACGCUCAGAAUUUGCUCGAGCUUCUCAUAACGCCAGACCUGACAAAGCGACUGGGCAAUUUGUAUGGCGGGUCGCAGGACGUGAAAAACCACCCAUGGUUCUCAGAAGUCACCUGGGACAGAUUAUCAAGAAAGGAUAUCGACGCUCCUUAUACGCCUCCAGUCAAGGCCGGUGCCGGUGAUGCAAGCCAAUUCGACAGGUAUCCUGAAGAAACGGAGAAAUACGGCCAGUCAGGAAACGACGAGUAUGGCUACUUAUUCCCCGACUUUUGA